AUGGGUCCUUACGAUUCUUCCAUUUCGGCUGCCGCCGGAAGCAGCUCCUCGUCUUCCUCCGCGUGUUCAAGCUCCACCAAGCCGCCGCAACCGCCUGAUCAGAUGGACCACCUUCUUGCCGGCGCCGGCUACAAGGUACGUUCAAAUGACCUCCACCAUGUCGCUGAGCGUCUCGAACACCUCGAAACCGUCAUGGUGAAAUCCUCACCGGUGGAGAUCUCAGAGCUUGUACACGACGCCGUUCAUUACAACCCAAGUGACCUCGCUUCGUGGGUUGACUCAUUACUCACUGAAUUGAACACCAACCCGCCAGCACCCAUAGCUGCACCCACUGAUUUUUCCGAUCUACAUCAGUUACCGGCGAAUAUCAACAUGUACAGUAAUAAUCCUUCUCCGUUAAACGGUGAAUUUUCCCAACAAGUCGUGACGCCGUUAGAAGAAGACGUUAGUAUCCGGUUAGUACACGUGUUGAUGACGUGUGCGGAGGCUGUCCAACGUGGUGACCUCGCAUUGGCCAGCUUGUUGAUCGAAGAUCUACAGGUUUUACUCGGACGUGUAAACAGCGGAUGUGGCAUCGGAAAAGUCGGAAGUUUCUUCAUCGACGCCCUCAGCCGGCGCAUCGUUGACUCCCCCCAAAACGGCAUCGUUCAGGAGGACUUAUCAGCUUACGAGAAUGAGAUGUUAUAUCACCAUUAUUACGAAGCUUGUCCUUAUUUAAAGUUCGCUCAUUUUACCGCUAAUCAAGCCAUCUUAGAAGCAUUUGAAGGUCAAGAUUGUGUCCACGUCAUCGACUUCAACUUAAUGCAAGGUUUACAAUGGCCGGCUUUGAUACAAGCUUUAGCUCUUCGGCCCGGUGGACCGCCACUACUCCGCCUCACCGGGAUCGGUCCACCUUCCCCUGACGGACGUGACUCGUUAAGGGAGAUCGGACUCAAGUUAGCAGAACUAGCCCGAUCAGUUAACGUCCGUUUCGCCUUUCGAGGUGUAGCAGCUUCACGUCUGGAGGACGUGAAGCCGUGGAUGCUGCAAGUCAGCCUGAAAGAGGCUGUGGCAGUAAAUUCGAUAAUGCAGUUGCAUAAACUGCUAGGACCAAGUCAAUCAAUUGACUUGGUUCUUGAUUGGAUUCAUGAUCUGAAUCCAAGAAUUUUGAUGGUUGUGGAACAAGAGUCGAACCACAAUCAACCAGAAUUCUUGGACCGAUUCACUGAAGCCUUGUACUAUUAUUCCACAAUGUUUGACUCGUUAGACGCAUGCACGGCUCAUCGGGAAAAAUCCCUAGCCGAACUGUAUAUCCAAAGGGAAAUAUGUAAUGUGGUUUGUUGCGAAGGGUUGGCUCGUGUGGAACGACAUGAGCCAUUGGUUACAUGGCGGAAUCGAUUGACAAAUGCUGGAUUUGCACCAUUACAUCUAGGAUCAAACGCGUUCAAGCAAGCCCGGAUGCUAUUGACUCUGUUUUCGGCGGAUGGGUAUUCUGUAGAAGAAAAUGAAGGGUGUUUGACCUUAGGAUGGCAUAGUCGGCCCCUUAUUGCAGCCUCGGCUUGGCAAGCAGUUCCAAAGCCGAGUGCGACAAUGGUGCAGAUAAACCAUCCUUAA